AAACUUCGAGAAUGAAGACUUUCCCCUCCCCCCCACCCCUCGUUGUCGUCGAAGAGGCGCUCUCGAAUGAGAGCAAGGGAGAGAGAGAGAAAGAAGACCUCACCCAGUUAUGGCGCAGCAACACUUAUUUGAAGCUCUGUCUUUUGUGUGUGUGACGAGAAGCCAUUUUGAGAGCCUGCAGAACUCUUUUAAACACAAAAACAUACGCCAACUGAUGGCUUUUGGACAAAACGUGGAGGGGAAGCAGUGAAUAGUACCAAGAUUUCUCCCCCAAAUCCCCUAAAACUCACAUUUAAAGGCUCGGAUUACAUAUUUUGAAUACCACUGGGGGAGAGAGAGAAGCUUUGCAUAUUGCCCCAAAAACAGAUGAUGGUGGUUGAAGAUCCUGGCUGAGAGGAUGACCUCCCCAAUCCCUUAUUAGUGACAUUAUUAGAGGAUCCCAAAGAUGGAAGAUGGAAUACUGUCCCCUAUGCAUUUUAAGGCCUGUUUUACUGCAUUUCACCAAAGUACUGAGGUAAAUAUUUAGCUAUUGUCCCUUUUUUUUUGGCUUUGGAAGGUUUCUACUUCUACAUGGAACCCCCCCACGACUUAGACAUGUUUGGGAAAUUAAAUCUGACCUUGAAGUGAGUUCACGUCGACUACAAUUUGGUUCUUUAUAAAUGGCAACCCAAAUCCGGCACCCAGAACUGUUCUCUCUGGAAAAAUCCAUCAGCUUUCUGUUAUGGGAGAAGAUGUUCAAAAAGCCAUUAUUCAAAGCAUCAAAUGCAAGGGAAUAUAAGGAGAGUAUUUUUCAAAUUAUGACAGGCCACCAAUAUAUGUUGUAUUUAUUAGCAUAGCUUAGUUGAUACAUUGACAAAAAAGUUUAAUAAACAACUGCAUGCUGCAAAUAUUAUAGAAGAGUUGGACUUACUCAUUGCUACUCAUACAAGGCCCAUAGGUGUAAAACUGACUUACACUUAAACAUACAACUGUGUUUUUUUUUACCCUCAUUUCCUCAAAAGAGCUGUUUAUUCACAUUUUCAUUUUUUUCCCCUCUCUUUUCAAAUAGUAUUGUAUAUGGGUGUGCCCGUGACCAAGUUAGGACAAAGAUGGAUUCCAGGCAGAGGAAAAAAGGCUCAAAAUGUCACAGGCGCUGGCCAACGGCACCGACAGUCACCCGGUGUGCGGCUCGGCGGAGAAGCGGAGUCACCAGUGGAGAAGUUACAAGUUGAUCAUCGACCCGGCGCUCAGGAAGGGAUCGCACAAGCUCUACCGCUACGAUGGACACACGUUCAGCAUGCCCAACCCGGGGAUGCCACCAGUGGACAUUGUACGAGACCCCAGAAUCGGACGUUUGUGGACAAAGUACAAAGAAACCGACCUACCGGUGCCCAAAUUUAAGAUCGACGAGUGCUACAUCGGCCCUGUGCCCCCGAAGGAGGUGACAUUCGCCCGCCUAAAUGACAACAUCCGGGAGGGCUUCCUCAGCGACAUGUGCAAGAAGUUUGGCGAAAUCGAGGAGGUGGAGAUCCUCUACAACCCCAAGAACAAGAAGCACUUGGGCAUCGCCAAAGUGGUUUUUGAGAACGUCAAAGCCGCCAAAGUGGCCGUGCAGUCGCUGCACAACACGUCUGUGAUGGGCACCAUCAUCCACGUGGAGCUCGACCCCAAAGGUGAGAAUCGCCUCAGGUACUUUCAGCUCCUGAUGAAUGGCAGCUACACUCCGCGGACUCUGCCUGUCGGCGCGGAGGAAGCCUUGGAAGUCUCUCCUCGAAGCCUGGCGGAAGCCUUACUGGCAUGCAAGCCAAUCGGUAGGUUAUCCGAAAGCAGCCAAUCUACGGCAUCAGGACCAGCGCCGCCCAGCAGCAGUUCCACCACGCCGCUGUCUCUGGAGACGGGCUACUCCAGCCUAAGGCAGGACACGCCCCAGUCGCAGGGGACGCCGCGCCAGGCAGGCACGCCCUUCUCUCAAGACUCCAGCUACUCCAGUCGCCAGUCCACACCCUCCUACCAGUCCAGCCGUACGGAGAGUUCCGGCAGCUACAAGUCCCGAAGACAUGAGAGCAAAUUCCAGGAUGCGUACAACCGCCGACCGGAGAGGCCUCAGUAUCGUAGCAACAUGUACAGGAGCUCGACAUCGGAGCAAUCGCCUUUUAAACAGCAGCACCUCACACCGCCGGAGCCACCGCCUACAACCCCAUCUUUCACGUACACACCGCCUCCCCCUGCUACCUCAAACUUCAAGUCGGCUUUCUCGCCCUACCAGGCUCCCAUGCCACCCGCUUUCCCACCAUCAGAACCCGCAUUUCAUCACCCAGCCCAAAGGGAGAGUGAGUACCACAGACCCCCACAGCCGCCCCUGGUAGCACCCACAGACUUUCUUCCUGUGAAGGAUAGACCGGAAACGCCUCCCAUUCCAGAACCCCCGCCCGAACCCGGACCCCAACCAAACACGCCACCCCCUCGAACGCCCGAACACUGCCCCUCACCUGGUUCCCCGGCCCCGGACGCAGAGCGCAACAGCCUGGACUCGCGCAUCGAGAUGCUCCUCAAGGAAAAAAGGACUAAACUGCUGCCCUUCCUGGCAGAGCAGAUCUCGGACACUGAGGUGCGAAUGGAGGGAAGUCCCAUUUCCUCCUCGUCCUCGCAGCUCUCCCCCAUUCCCCCGUACACGGGUGGAACGCAAAACUCCCGUCCCUGUAGCACAGGCUUGGAGGACAUCAGUCCGACCCCGCUGCCCGAUUCGGACGAGGACGAGCCGAUUCCCGGUACCGCUUCCCUGGUGAAGAGAAUCGUCUCUCCUGUCCACGAGAAAAUGAACAGUGAGGUGAAAGAUGAACAUCCUCAAGGCCAUGCGGAAACAGAAAAAAUGGACACGAGUCAUCAGUCGUCAGGAGAAGACAUGGAGAUCUCGGAUGACGAGAUGCCCGGCACGCCAAUCAGCGGCGGCGACUGUAGCAAAGGCAUCGUCGUAAACUCCGCCGUGUCCCCCCUCCAGACCCUAGCCAUCCAUCCCGCCGGAUAUCCCCACCUGGCGGGCUUCGCCAUCCCCCAUCACCUAGCCCACACGACCCUGCCGGGGCACCACCUGGCUGCUCACCCCGGCGUGCACCCGCACAUGCUGCCACAUAUGGCUCACUACCCGCCCGGCAUGAUUCCGCUGGUGCAAAUGGAGCUGAUGAACUGUCUGCGGUGGGAACAGUGGAGCACGGUCCCCAUGUCUUUUCAAAUGCAGCAGCAGAUGCUGAGUCGCAUGGCUCAGACUCGAGGCCCUUAUCAUUAUCCGCAUUUUGUGGAUAGCGCGGCGUUUGCCGGACCCUAUCCACAUUUGUCCAUGGGUGCUGCUGCGCAUGGAAGUGCAACGGGGGCGCCCGGGCAGCAGUGGCAGCAUCCCAGUAUGCCCAAGUUCAACCCAACCGUCCCUCCUCCUGGUUAUGAGACUAAAAAGGAGGAUCCCCACAAAGCCACCAUCGAAGGUGUCCUCCAGGUCAUUGUCAAAGAACUGAAAGCCAUCAUGAAGCGAGACCUUAACCGUAAAAUGGUAGAGGUGGUGGCUUUUCGAGCGUUUGAUGAAUGGUGGGAGAAGAAGGAACACUCCGCAAAGGCAUCCUUGACUCCAAUCAAAGGUGCUGAGGGGAAGGAAGAAGAAAGACCUAAGCCUAAAGAGACCAUAGGUUCAAGCCUGCUCGAGAACUGGAACAAGGGCGAGGUGCUCGGCUACGAGGGAAUGGGCCUGGGAAUCGGGUUGCGAGGAGCCAUCCGGUUGCCGUCCUUCAAGGUCAAAAGGAAGGACCCACCUGAAGCUGUCAACGCGGGUGAGAACAAACGAGCGCGACCCUCCACUCCAUUGGAAGACGAGCUGGAGGAUGAGGACCGCGAGAGAGACCCGGCAGAGCUCCCCUUGGACAACUCCAAAAUGUGCCCCGACGGUAUCGCCGCCAAGCGAAGACAUUCCCGCCCGCUGGAGCUUGACAGCGAGGGCGAGGAGGAGGUGGACACCUCUGGGAAAGAGGAGGAGUCACUGGGCGACCGAGAGGAGGAGCCUGACGAAAGAGAGCCCGCUGACCGGCUGUCACCAAGCAAAAGCGGCGAAGACGGUGGCAGAGAAUCGUCCAGUGAGAGUGCAUCGUCAGAUUCCUCAGAUGCCGAGUCCGCAAGUUCAGUGUCAUCCAAAAGCAGCUCAGACUCCUCGUCGGCAAGUUCGGACUCCUCCGAGGAUGAGUUGAGCUCGGAAGAAGAGGACUCGGAGGUGGAAAAGGAUGAUGAGGGGAAAGUGUCCAAGACCUCUUCGUCCUCGUCCUCGUCUUCAUCGUCGUCUUCUGACGAGGAAGAAAAAAAGGAGUUGGACUCCAAGCCGCUGAGUCCUCCUGAGGAGGCGACCGCAAACGCUAUGGAGGAGAUAAGCUGCAAACUUAAACGUAGACCUCCAAGUCCUAAAGACGAGGUACCAGGGGACCUGAAGCCACCUUCUCCUAAAGGUGUUCCGGUCAAAGAGGAAACCGUGAAGUAUGAACCUGAGGAGACGCUCCGGCCUUCCACGCCAGCAGGUGCCCUGCCUGACAGUGACCAGGAGAGCAAACCCAAAGGUAAAGCAGAGCCUGAGGAGGUUGCCAUUCAGCCGGGCCGAUUAGCCCCGUCCCAACCUGAUUCCAAAACAGCCGCACCCAGGUCCGCCUCCGCCUCUUUAAUGCACCUACCUCUCCCGCCUCACCCGACAGUAGAAGGUCGCUCGCUCCUCCACCCGCCCUCCGCUCCUCUGCCAGACCUCUCUCAACGGGCCCGACUCCCCACGGACGAGGACAUUCCCCGGACGCCGGGCAGGGACCUGAUGGAGCGGGCCAGGAGUCUGGGCAAGUCCCAGAGCACGGACACGGUGCCCAACACCCCAGGUAGUGACGCCCCGCUGACGGGGAGCAGCCUAAUGCUCAGCUCCCCUCACAUUCCUGGCAGUCCCUUUUCCUACCCUGCACAGUCUCCUGUCCUUAGCGCCGGAGUCCCUCGCACUCCUGGUAAAGACUUAACUUUCACCCCUGUCUUCCCCGACCCCUCUGCGCUUCCUUUUAAUCGGAAGAUCUCCUCUGAGAGCCUGGACGAUAGGCCUCAAUUUAAGGAGCCGCCCAUCAGCCUCUUACCUAACCAAGCCUUAUCAACAGGUACCGAGCAUGCAGCCAGCCUAUCGGCGGAGCCUCCAGCCGGCCUCACAGGGGAGGAUUCCGACGUGUUCGACAGCAUCUCGUCCAAGCGUAAACCCGGACGACCCAAAGGAAAAAAGAUACCCACUGCGGCCGUGGACGUCGCCAUGCAGGACAUGUCCUCCAAAUCCCCCUAUGACCCGAGUCCGGACUUCAGCACGAGAGAGCCUCAGACGCUGCUGCCUGAAGCCGAAGACGGCUUCCACUCCUACGAGGAGGACCUCCCCGUGCCCAUGAAGCCCGCCAGGAGGGCGCGGCGCAACUGGGAGGAGCUGUUGCUCGACAGCCUGUCGCCCGUCACCACGCCGACACGCUCGUACUUCUCACGGCGCAGCGACUUCGAGGAGAUGACCAUCUUGUACGACAUCUGGAACGGCGGCAUCGACGAGGAGGACGUCCGGCUGCUGCAGGUCACGUACGACAAGAUGCUGCAGCAGGAUAACGGCAACGACUGGCUCAACGACACACUCUGGGUCAACCAUCCUUCCACCAACAUCCCCCGCAUUAAGAAAAAGAGGCGAGACGACGGCAUGAGGGAUCACAUGACGGGCUGCGCCAGAAGCGAGGGAUACUACAAGAUCGACAAGAAGGACAAGAUCAAGUACCUUCAGAGCACGCGGCUGCAGUCGGACGAGCCGCCCAUGGACACACAGGGUAUGAGCAUCCCCGCACAAGUGCACGUCUCCACCAGGGCGGGCUCGGAGCGGCGGUCCGAACAGCGGCGCCUGUUGUCGUCUUUCGCGUGCGACAGUGACCUGCUGAAGUUCAACCAGCUGAAGUUCCGUAAGAAGAAGAUCCGAUUCUGUAGGUCGCACAUCCACGACUGGGGUCUGUUCGCUUUGGAGCCCAUCGCCGCAGACGAGAUGGUCAUAGAAUACGUGGGACAAAACAUCCGACAGGUGAUUGCGGACAUGCGUGAGAAACGCUACGAGGAGGAGGGCAUCGGCAGCAGCUACAUGUUCAGCGUGGACCACGACACCAUCAUCGAUGCCACCAAGUGUGGCAACUUCGCCCGCUUCAUCAACCACAGCUGCAACCCUAACUGUUACGCCAAGGUCAUCACGGUGGAAUCGCAGAAGAAGAUCGUGAUCUAUUCGAGGCAGCCCAUCAACGUGAGCGAGGAGAUCACGUACGACUACAAGUUCCCCAUCGAGGACGAGAAGAUCCCCUGCCUGUGUGGUGCCGAGAACUGCCGGGGGACGCUCAAUUAAGUCCACUUUUUACUGCACUCGUCACAUGUUGAUUGUUUACGAUUUAUGGUGCUGUUCAAUCGACACGUCUGGGUUUUUUCCCCCCCUCGUUUUCUUUCCACGUCUCCCACAAUGCGCAGUAUUGCAGCUCUGCCACUUCUGCGACAUAUUCAGCUGCUCACAAAGACACGAACGUGGUAAAUGGUUCUGUCUGGUACAAUACAUCCCACGGAUCAAGUAGAAUGACCACCCUUCAUGUGGAUCAGGAUUGAAACAUUUGUCGCACCAAAUUUCACGACUUUUGCUAAAUGAUGGCAAAAAAAAAGACAAAAAUCCAACAACUAUCACUUCAUGUAUUGGUGAAGAAGUGAUGCAUUUUAUGCAAUAAUGGUGUUCUCAAGAGUAUUGGUCCCAUUAGUGUUCCAAAAUGUGCAAUUCAGCGCCCCCUCUAGGCUCAAGUGCACAAGCAAUCAUGUUGAAAUCUAAAACAAAAAAAAACAUUUUAAGCAUGAAGUGUUUGUAAGCUGACUUCAUAUUGUAUUAUUACUACUCAGUGUUUCAAAACAAAUAAUAAUGAAUGCACUUCCGCUUUAUCGCCCCCUGCAGACCACGUUUGACAUUACUUUUCAUCUGGUUGCUUUAACAAUGGAAUUGUUUUUUUUCUAUCUAGUGAUGUGUAUAUUGUAUACUUGUACAGAAGAUCUGCAAGCUUUUUUUUUUUUUUUUACAUCAUGGGGUCACACUUCAAGAUUUAUUUUCUAGAAAAAGACUGAAUAUGAGGAAAAAAAAAACAUCAGGGAAUCUGUAAAAGAAAUGAUUUUAUUUAAAGUAAUGGAAAAUAAGAAAAAGAGGAAAGACAGAAGGUCCACUGUGUACAGGAAGUUUCCAUCUCCACCUUUUGGAAAGAUUGUUUCUUGUAGAAACGUCUUCUCUUCAUUUCCCGUCUUGCUUUGUAAUUCUCUCUAAGGUGUGUACAUAAGCUAACUGUGAAUAUUAUAUAAAUCUAUAUAUUUUUGUUCCCCAGGGAUUUGCUACACACAUCAAGAGCUCCGAGAGCUGUGUAAACCGUGUGAUUGCGAGCGGUGAGCUUGUAGCAGGACAUUUUUUAGCUUGUGUCAAGCUUUUGUUUUGUUUGUUUUUUAUUGUAAAUUCUAUGAAAAAAGUUGUUUUGUGGUGUGGAGAGAAAGUAAAAGUGCAGAAUCGGCAUAGGAAGCGGACUGAACAAUCAGCCUGCUUCUCUUUGUCUAUUUAUUACAUGACAGAUGUAUGAAAAUGUUCAACAUGGAAAUAAAGCAGUUUUGCAU